AUGUCAAAGGGCUGGGGGCUGCGGCGCUCGACGUCGGCGCUGUUCACUUCUUCUUCUUCUCCCCCUUCAUCAACAACACCAGCAGAUACCGCUACAGCGCCUCUGUCAGCGCCAAACGCCCUGGCGGAUCCUUCAGCGUCGUCGGCGACGGCACAGCCGUUGGGAAAGCUGCGCCGCAUGGCUUCUUUUACACAGCGCUUCGGCGGGGGCGGCAAGACGAAGAACGUGGGGGGUGCUGCUACUGCGACUUCUAGAAACACCACAACACCAACGACAACGGCGACGACAGGACAGGCAUCGCAACAGCAGGCGCCGCGGAGUUUUUACGUUCCCACGCACGCGGCAUCGAGCUUCGCACGUACCGUCGCGCCGGCCCAGCACGCCACCAUUCCCGAAGACGACGAGGGCGGAGGCGAGUCGACGACGUCGCCGAGAAGACAGCAGCACCAUCAGCAGCAGACGACGUUUAGGGAUAGGAUGGAGGCGCGGCGGCGGAGCGGCGGCACCGGACACUCGCGCAACAACAGCGGCAGCACCGGCAGCGGCGCCUCGCGCACGUCCUGGUCUGCUGCACCUCAGGCGAAUCCCGCCUCAUCGAGACACCCGCCAUCCUCAACAAUACCGGCCGCAGUCGCUGCUGCACCGGCGGCGAGAACGCGCACACGAGAGACGAACGGAGCCGAUAAAGACCGCUACGGCACCACCGCUGCGGACAGGGGCGGCGAGAGCGACUACGCCGUGUUCCUCGCCGAGGCGCAGGCCAACGACCGUCGGGCCCGGCGCGCGAUCCCGCUCUGGAUCCCGUCGGACACGCCAGAGCAGCGCCGCGACAGCGCGUAUUACUCGUACUCGGGCGGGUCGCGGAGCAGCGCCGGAGCCGGGCCCGGGGCCGGAGAUGGAGUCGGGGCCGGGGCCGGAGCCGGGACCGGGGGCUGUGGGGCGGCGUACUACACCAACAACCACCACCACAACCAGCAUGGCGCUCACCAUGACGCGGCGGGCCGGGCGGUGCGGAGGCAGCCGAGCGCGGCUAUGGCGCGGCGGAUUACGGAGUAUGUGCGCCCGACGCGGGAGGGGGAGACGGCGUGA